AUGUCGUUCGCCAAGAAGUUGGACCGCGCCGUCCAAUGGGCUGGUGAAAAGAUGGGCUCAGAAGCCAAAACUACACAUUCAGACGAGUUCCAGAGGUUAGAAGCCGAGAUGACGCUUCGCCAGGAUGGAAUGGAAAGCCUACACAAAGCGACUACCGCUUACUCCAAAUGGAUCUCUCGUCGAUGUGAUGCAUCUGAAGACAAGAGCAGAUCGACGCCAACCACCGUCCUCGGUCGUGCCAUGGUAGCCCAUGGUAACGAUUUUGAGCCAGAGUCAGAAUUUGGCAACUCUCUUGCAGCUGUUGGCCGAGCCAACGAGCGCAUUUCCAAUCUUCACAGCAACUACGCAGAGGAUGUCAAUGCCAAUUGGCUCCACCAUCUGGACCGCAAUGUCGCCAUGAUGAAAGAGUAUCAAGCCGCUCGCAAGAGGCUUGAAGGCCGGCGUCUCGCCUACGAUACUAGUGUUGCCAAAAUGCACAAGGCUAAGCGUGAUGACUUCCGUAUUGAGGAAGAAAUGCGUGUCAGCAGAACAAAAUUUGACGAUGCUAGUGAGGACGUCAUGCGUCGUAUGCAGGACAUUCAAGACGCCGAGGCGGAGUCGAUUAAUGCACUUAACUCAUUCCUUGAGGCCCAGCUCAAUUACCACGAAAGAGCUGCCGAGGAACUUCGACGUGUUCGUCAGUCAAUUGUUGAGGGUGGUCGAUCAGAUUCUCCAGUCAUGGAAGACGCUCGCAUGUCCCGCGUUCGUUCCAAUACCUCUCGGUCUUGGCACAAUACGAGGCAAGUUUCUUCAGAGCAACUGAGCCCGACAGAAAGACUCCCGAUCCGACGCUUGGCAAGCUCCCAAGCCGCACCUCCCCCUCCUCUGCCAGCACCGUCUCAAGAUCCACGGCAAUCAUUCGUCCGAGCAGCUACAUUUGGAGCACGAACUCCGUUAGCAUCGGCAGGCGCUAGAGUACCAUCCCUGGCCCGUACGGCCACUGAGACGAGUUCCCACACCAACCACUCAGAAGACGUAUUCCGAGACGAUGAAUCAACUGGCAGUGGCGAUGGAAGUGUUGGAUGGGGCAAUCGUAGUGCGAGUUCCGCUACCAGCUACGACAGUCUUUCUCGGAUCACUAGCGGGCAUGAAACCAAAAAGGCUCCUCCUCCUCCUCCACCCGUGAAUAGAGCAAAGAAGCCCCCUCCACCACCGGUACCAGCUAGACGGGCUCAUUUGGGGCAGCACUGA